AAAGCCCAAUAAAAAGUUGACCCAAGUUCAGUUCCAUGGGCUGCACGUAAGCCCAAAUUCAUCACUUUCUCUUUCUUUCAACCCGCUCUUAAACCUUCUCAAAACCCUCUCUCAGUUCCUCCUCUUCUUCUUCUUCUUCUUCUCCUACAAUACAAUGUCUGUAAUGGAUUCAGAAGCCUUCAAAUCGGAGCUUGCAUCUGUUGUUUCUUCCCUAGGGUUUGCUACUUCUGCUGUGCCUUCUUCUGGUUUCGACGACUCCGACUUCCGCAAGAAAGGUCGCAUCAAAUCUGAGAAAAAGCCACCUUCUAAGGAUAAUAAUAAUAAUACUAAUAAAGACUCUCAACAUGGAAGCGAAAACAAGAACAACAAAAAGAGAAUCAACAACGAUAAAUUUGGCAAAAAACCGAAGCCGGAACUUCAAGUCGACAAUAAUUUAUGGAAUACAACUCCCGGCAAGUACAAAAACAUGCCGAAACUUCCACUUGUGAAAGCGAGCGCAUUGGCUGUGUGGUACGUUGAUGCAGGAGAAUUGGAGGACAAGGUUAUUGGGAGUGACAGGAAGAAUAAAAUUGCCGAGUUUAAGAAUGUCAAUGAAUGGAAAAGCAAGGUGGAGAAGAAGAAGGAAUUGGGCGAGAGGUUAUUGGCCCAGUAUGCGCAGGACUAUGAGUCGUCUCGAGGACAAAGUGGCGAUAUAAAGAUGUUACUUACCACGCUAAGGUCAGGGACUGCUGCUGACAAGAUAUCUGCUUUUUCUGUCAUGAUUGGGGAUAAUCCCACUGCCAAUUUGAGAUCGCUUGAUGCUCUCUUGGGGAUGGUGACAGCUAAAGUUGGAAAGCGCCAUGCUUUGGCAGGUUUGGAAGCAUUGAAAGAACUUUUUGUUUCUAGUUUGCUGCCUGAUCGCAAAUUGAAGACACUCUUUCAGCGGCCGAUAGAUCAUAUUCCGGAUACAAAAGAUGGUUACUCACUUCUACUCUUUUGGUAUUGGGAGGAAUGUUUGAAGCAAAGGUAUGAGAGGUAUAUCGCUGCUCUUGAGGAAGCAUCAAGAGAUGUCUUAGAUAUACUCAAAGACAAGGCAUUAAAGACAGUUUACGUUUUGCUAAAGUGCAAACCAGAACAAGAGUGUCGAUUGCUUGCUGCCCUAGUAAACAAGCUAGGAGAUCCUAAAAACAAGGUUGCAUCUAAUGCUGAUUAUCACCUAUCAAAGCUUUUGGCUGACCAUCCAAAUAUGAAGGCUGUUGUGAUUGAUGAAGUAGAUAGUUUUCUUUUCCGGCCUCAUCUGGUAUUGCGAGCCAAGUAUCAUGCUGUUAACUUUUUAAGCCAAAUUCGCUUAAGUCACAGGGGGGAUGGCCCAAAGGUGGCAAAGCGUUUGAUAGAUGUAUAUUUUGCCCUGUUUAAGGUAUUAAUAUCUGAAGCAGGGGAAGGACGGACAAUGAAUAAGAAGAGCGAGGGACAUAAGGAGGUUUCCGGCAAUUCAAAAGAUAAGAAAGAAAAAGAUUCAUCAGAAUCUCAUGUUGAAAUGGAUUCACGCUUACUAUCCGCACUUCUUACGGGUGUGAAUAGAGCAUUCCCUUUCGUUUCAAGUGAUGAAGCUGAUGAUGUAAUUCAGUCCCAUACACCGGUAUUGUUUCAGCUGGUUCAUUCAAAGAACUUUAAUGUUGGAGUUCAAGCUCUCAUGCUCCUAGAUAAGAUCUCAGCAAAAAAUCACAUUGUUAGUGAUCGGUUUUAUCGUGCCUUGUAUGCGAAGCUCCUACUACCAGCUGCAAUGAAUUCUUCCAAAGAGGAACUGUUUAUUGGACUCCUACUUAGGGCUAUGAAAAAUGAUGUAAAUGUGAAGCGAGUUGCUGCAUUCUCGAAGCGUUUGUUGCAGGUUGCAAUUCAGCAGCAGCCUCAGUACGCAUGUGGGUGUCUGUUUCUCCUGUCUGAGGUCCUUAAAUCAAAACCAACUCUCUGGAACAUGAUGCUCCAGAGUGAGUCUGUUGAUGAAGACCUUGAGCAUUUUGAAGAUAUUACAGAAGAAGAUGACAAUCAACCCAAUCCACCAAAUCGAACAGAUAAUGCAAGUGAAGUUGCUCAAGAAGCUAAGCACUUAGAAAAUGGCAAUCAUUCUCUGCCGGAAGAAGGUAAUUCUAGUUCUGAGUCUGAUGAUGAUUCACUCCAAGCUGAGGAGUCGCCUGCUAGAGGUGAUUUAGAUGAACCAAAGGAUCCUAGAUUGAUGUCCGGUUUCAACAAACUUCUACCUGAAGGUUCAAAUGAUAAGCUCUUAUUGCCUGGAGGAUAUGAUACACGACACAGAGAACCUUCAUUCUGCAAUGCAGAUCGUGUAAGCUGGUGGGAGCUGAUGGUACUGGCAUCGCAUGCGCAUCCAUCAGUUGCAACCAUGGCUAGAACCCUUCUUUCAGGAGCUAACAUUGUGUACAAUGGUAAUCCCCUGAAUGAUCUUUCGCUGACUGCUUUCCUCGACAAAUUCAUGGAAAAGAAACCGAAACAAAGCACAUGGCACGGUGCUUCUCAGAUUGAACCAGCUAAGAAGCUUGACAUGCAAGAUCAGCUGAUUGGGUCAGAAAUUCUCUCCUUAGCUGAAACAGAUGUACCACCUGAGGAUCUUGUCUUCCAUAAAUUCUACGUGAAUAAGAUGAAGUCCUCGAAGAAACCAAAGAAGAAAAAGAAGAAGACAGUAGAAGAUGAUGCCGCUGAGGAAUUUUUGGAUGCAGAUGGUAGCGAUGUUGAAGAUGAGAUUGAUGAAGAUGCUGCUGAUGAGAGUGAAAAUGAGGAAAUUGACAGCAUGCUAGAGUCCGGUGUGCUUCCCUCGGAAGCUAAUGGUGAAUAUGAUUACAGUGAUUUGGACGAAGUUGCUAAUGAAGACGAUGAUGAAUUGAUUGGUGAUGUCAGUGAUGAGGAUAUGGCUACCCUUUUGGCACAUGAUGAAUCUGACACUAAUCUCGGCAGUGAUGAAGACAAUGAUACAGAAAAGGCAAACGAAGAUGUACAUCAAAGAAAAAAUAAAAGAAAGAAAGACAAGCGUGUUGCCGGAAAAUCCCCAUUUGCUAGCCUUGACGACUAUGAACAUUUGCUCAAGGAGGAGAGUCCAAAAGAUCCCGCUAAAUCAAGAAAGAAGAGAAAGAACUCAAAUGAGCAUUUGCUCAACGAGGAGACCCCAAAGGAGGAUGCAAAAAAGCCCGCUAAAUCAAGAAAGAAGAGGAAGAACUCGAAUGAACAUUUGGUCAACGAGGAGACCCCAAAAGAGAAUGCGGAAAAGCCCACUAAAUCAAGAAAGAAGAGGAAGAGUUCAAAUUAAGUAUUGUUGCUAAUUUGCAUGAAAGAGUUGCUGAUUUUGAUAUCCUAUCCUGACAGAUUAUCCCGAGAUAGGUACAGGAACUCUUUCAAUACCCCAUAGUCACCUCACCCCAUAGUCAGCUCUUGUGUUGUAAUUUUAGCCGAUAACACAGCAUCAUUCUUACUUCUUUUUCCUCUUUUUGUUGUUAUGAUAACUUUGGGAAACUCAUAUUUGCUUUGUCACAGUUCGUGUUAUGAUAA